AGUCGUCGCGCGCAUCUCCCAGCACUCCCUUCGUUUUCUCUCUUCCUCUCUGAUUUUUUUUUCUCUCCACGCCCUCAGGCGUUUAGCUCACAGCCGCGCUGAACGCGUAGAGAGAGGACUGCAGGUCCCGUUCGCGUGCUCACCGACGACUCUCUUUUGUUCCAAGCAAGCGUGAAAAACAGAGGCGUUUUUCCCCCUCACUCCUCCACUUCCAUCGCACGCGCCCACCGACAUGUCAGGCGAAGACGCGCCCGCUCAGCAGCAGAACGCCGAGGAGCAGAAGCCCCAGCAGCAACAGGAUGGCGAGUCCAAAAGCGAGUCGCCCAAAACCGAGACCAAACCGGAGGCGACGCCCGCUGAACCUGUCGCUGACGCCGCCGCAGCUGCUGCCGCUUCAGGCGAGGCAGCGGAGGCUGCCGCUGCUCCCGCGGACAAACCCGCCGCCGAGGAGGACACCUUCAGCUUCCGCGCGCUCGUGCUCACGGGCUACGGCGGCUAUGACAAAGUCAAGCUGCAGGUGAAGAAAGGAAAGCCGGCGCUCAAGAGCGGAGAGGUGAUGGUCCGCGUCAAGGCGUGCGGCCUCAACUUUGCCGACCUCAUGGCACGCCAGGGGCUCUACGACCGUCUCCCGUCUCCGCCCGUCACACCGGGAAUGGAGUGCUCGGGAAUCGUCGAGGCCGUUGGUGAAGAGGUGACGGACAGAAAAGUUGGUGACAAGGUGCUGGUUCUCAACCGCAGUGGUCUGUGGCAGGAAGUGGCUGUGGUCCCCACCUCACACACCUUCCUCAUGCCCGAGGGGAUGAGCUUCGAAGAGGCGGCAGCUCUGCCAGUCAACUACAUCACCGCUUACAUGAUGCUGUUUGACUUCGGCCAUCUGCGUCCCAAUCAGAGUGUGCUCAUCCACAUGGCUGCAGGAGGUGUAGGGAUCGCUGCUACUCAGCUCUGUAAGACGGUGAACGAUGUCACUAUCUUUGGAACUGCUUCAGCCGCUAAGCAUGAAGUCAUCAGCGAGGGAGGAGUCACACACCCCAUCGACUACCGUACACGGGACUACGUAGAGGAGGUCCGCAAGAUCAGCCCCAAAGGAGUGGACAUUGUCCUGGAUCCCCUGGGUGGUUCCGACACCCAUAAGGGCUACAACCUUUUGAAACCUUUGGGCAAACUAAUCAGCUACGGUGCCGCCAACAUGCUGUCUGGUCAGAAGAAGAACCUGUUCGCCGUGGCCAAAACCUGGUACCAGCAGUUCUCCGUUCACACCCUGAGUCUGUGCCAGAGCAACCGCGCCGUCUGUGGCUUUCACCUGGGUUACCUGGACUCAGAGCUCGUCACAGAUGUCAUGAAUGGCUUGCUGGAGCUGUACCAGCAGGGCAAGAUCAAACCCCGCAUUGACUCCACCUACCACCUUGAGCAGGUUGGCGAUGCUAUGCGUAGGAUGCAGGAACGGGGCAACAUCGGCAAAAUCAUCCUCACUACCGAGCCCAUGAAGGAGGAACCCAAGAAAGAGGAGGUCAAGAAGGAUGAAAAAGAGAAGAAGGAUGACAAGAAGAAAGAUGACAAGAAGAAGGAAGACAAAAAGAAGGAUGAGGGCAAGAAGGAAGAGAAGAAAGAGGAAAAGAAGAAAGAGGAGGCCAAGAAGGAAGAGAAGAAGGUGGAGGAGAAGAAGGUGGAGGAAAAGAAAGCCGAGGAGAAGAAGGAAGAAGCCAAGAAAGAGGAGAAUUGAGAGUUGGGCAGAAGCUAGGCAGGAAAUUGGUGGCUGUGAAUUGUUUGUCUUGGGAGUAGGGGAUUAUUUGAGUCUGUGUUGAGUGUGUGUGUCUGUGUGUGCGUGUGGUUUUCGAAGUACAGUGUAGUCCAGCUCUCAGCUCAACCCCAGGCAAUUACUCUGGCCUUAAAUCAUUUAUCUUGCACUGACAUCUGUAUCUGUUUUUCCAGCCUUAUUGAAGUUUAACAUAAAAGCUGCUCACUAACUCGUGUACACACGCACACACACACACAUCCCCACAUACACACUCCCAUGCCUCAUGUGCCAGGGAUAUACCACUCUAUUAUGCCACUAUAUUUCUCUUAUUACUUUUCCUGUAUUCAUGCACUUUUUCUUUUUUCCUUUAUAAUCUUUUACUGCGUGCCUUUUGAGGUAUGCUAGAUCAGUAUUACACUGCCAAAUCCACUAGUCCUUCAUGCUUUAAUUCCUAAUUCCUGUCACUUUCAUUCACCUCUACAAUGCACUACUACUACUAUCUCGAGUAUUCUUUCCAAGUGUGGCUUUAUUUGUGCUUGCGUAAUACUGUUGUCCCCACAAAGGAAUAUGGGUAAAUGCCAGGGUUGAGCAUGAGUCCUGUUGCCAUGACUACAGUGUUUCAUAUAAUGUCCCUUCCCCCUGAUCCCAAACCCCUACUUGUCUCCUGUAUCACAUCUGUUUUCCAGUUAGUGAUCCCGAUCUCCUUAUUGGACCAGACUCUUUGACGGAAAGGUUAAUCGCUGAGCCCCACCCACAUUAUUCACCAAGGCAAUAAGUCCGGAAGAGUCAGUGCGGUUUCUGAUUUGCUCAUCGUUUCAUGUACACCCACUAUAGUUAAAAUAAAAUGUCCUAAUCAUGAUGUCCAAACAAUACUUUGAAAGUGUUAAAUCUGAAAUUUGGUGCAAAUUAAGAUUUAUUUUUUUAUUCUCCCCCAGAAUUAAUAAACAUUCAAGAUUUUAAAAAGAUGUCAGGCGCAAAAAGAAAACCAUAAAAAAUUACUGCCCACUGUCUAAAAUGCAAAAGUAACAUAAGAACAUAAAUGAAUGGAUAUCAAGUGACUUUUAUAUUUUGACAGGCUGAAAACAGAUUUAUUUUUUUAUUUUUUUUUUUUAGUUACCUUAAUGAGCUCUGCUUCACUUCAGUGAAACAUCUCCUAACACACACACACACGCAGAGGCAUGCAGACACAUUCUCAGGUUAUUGUAUUAAAGCAGAAAUGCUGAAACACUCCUGAAUAGCGCGUUAUUCCCGAGUCACCUCCAGGAUUCCGUGUUAUCUGGAGCAUUCCGCUCGGAUCCUUAUGACCGCUGGCCUGUCUUCAGAGUAAUCAUUGUUUUUCUGAUUCUCUGCUUCUCUUCCUCUAGCUCUUGCGUUCACCAUCACCAGUUGGCAUAGCAACAGGCAUUCGGCCAGCAAAUGAUGACAUGGUUGCCCCUACUCAUCCACCCACCCACCAAUUCCAAUCUCUCCCACACUUAUUUAUACGCUUUUGUUUUUCCCCCUCCUAAACUUUUAUUCAAUUAAAUAUUGUUCAGAAUCUCUCUGUGCUGAUUUGACACCGGUUCAGGCUGCUGUGUCAGAGUUGAGUCACAAGGGCGUUACCUGGCAGCCUUCCAGCACUGAAACAAGUCGAUCGAACCCACUGACUCCUCCCUCGGCUAAAUUUAUGCAUCUGUAGUGGUGUUCUGCCUCUCAUGGCAAUGUAUAUGCACUGCAGUGUGACUUCGUUUCCGUCGCUCCGUCAGUGGGUCUGGUUUUUGUGUUUUGUGAGAGUGUGAGAACUGCAGUGUGUUGUGGGAGUGUGUCUUGUGUACAGAUGUGGUUGAAAGUUUAUAUGGAUGUACGUCUCUGUCCUCAGGUCAGUUGUCAGAUUUAGAUGAUUUUUUUUUUCUGUCUCUACCUCCCUUAUGCUAUGAGCUAGCAUGUAAGAUCUAGCUCCUUUGUUCCCCUCUCCUUGCAGUUUUAUCUCUAACAAACAUAACCUGUCCCCCCCCCAACCUCUCUCUCCCUCCCUCUCUGGUGAAUGGCCUGUGUUUGGUUUGGUAUUAUUUGCACUCUGCUUGUGGAUCUUAAUGCACUUAUAGGGAUGGCAGUCCCACUCCCAGCCCCACUGUUCCUCAGGAGUCCCCUCCAGUGCUCCACACAAUACAUCUAUUAUUAUGUUGGUCCACACAUGUAGAGGAGAGCUGCAAAUAGUUACAGGUAACAGAACUUCAUUUCAACCAGUUUGUUCAUCAUUGAAAACUUGUGCAUACAUGCAUGAAGGUUACCCAGAAUGCAAUGGGAAGGGUGUAGCACUGCCAUCCUUGCCUAAAGAGUGACAGUGUUGUGACACGAGACCGGUGACUGAAUUCUGAUGCGAGUUCAGUUUCGGGAUCAUUCAAGUCCUUUUUUUUUUUUUU